UGCGCAAUCAGCUCGGAAAAUAUGCUGAGUGGACAAAAAUAGAGAAAAAACUGCGCCCAAAAAAAAGCAAGCGACUUGCAAAGCCAUAAGAUCGUAUUGAAAACUCCAAUGCCUGGCGAUUUUUUUCUCAGCGUUGCAAGAUAAAAUUAAUUUUAAAAGGAUGCACUUCUUUCAGUUCUUUCAGCUCUCUCAAUACUUUUCAUAUUAGCCGACAAAAAAGAAUAAUACUAACAAUGGACACGGCGAAACUGCGCACGCUAGUCAAACCACUAGUGCACGGUGUUCUGCUCAAGGUGCAUCCGGACUAUUUUGUCCACGACCCAGUGGCCAAGCGCAUCAACCAAGCCUCAGUGCAGCGACUGCAGGACCUGCUCGCCCCGGUGCUCAAAGAUCCCAGCGAAAAGCAUAGUCGAUCUGGGCCAGUCGAUACGCCACUCGAAUUCUUCAGCAAAAGCAGCGACGCGACGCAGAACCCAAUCUCCUUUGCAUUCUCAAAAAUCCACCAGUCCACCACCGGUGCCCCGCACCGUCACCAGCACCACGAGCAGCAGCAUCAGCAGCUGGUCGCGCAGCGCACUCGCGACCUGGUUGCGCUAUGCGGAGAGCUCAGCGUGCCCACGUCGACGGAGGCGCUGGCCGAGAUCGAAAAAACCAUCGGGCCCAGCCUAGCUGCCGCAGCGGCAUCGGCGCCUGUCAGCGCCGGGGAGCUACGGGCGGCGCGAGCACGCGAAGCCCUAGAGAACUACGCUCGCAGGAGUGCGGCUCCUGACUUACAUGCGGCGCUGCUGGACAGGCUGCGGCAGGCGUCCUGGUCACCGGACGACGCGCAGCGGUCCAAGAGCGCCCGGCUGGAGCUCGAUCGCAGCAAGGUCUUUUUCGCCAGCUCAGUCAAUCCGCAGCGCUACGCUGGGGUCGUCGAACGCAUCGAAGCUGAACUGCACAACUUGCAUUAUGACCGAUGGUGCUCGCUGCCGCUGAUGAUAGUCAAUGACUGGCGGCACGCCUUCCGGGGCUCGGCAAGCCGGUAUCCGGGGUUUGUCGUUAUUCCGACAAAGGUUUCGAUUCAAGGUACAGAAUGCAGAUCACGCACAGAUCACGAAACAGAAACAAUGGAAGAAAAAUGCUUUUAUUUCGCGCUGACAAUAUUUCAUGCCAUGCUAACAACUAACAAAACGUGCUUUAUUUGCCUGCAGUAGAGUUCAACAGAUACAUUUUACAAAACCUCAGCGACAUCACGCAGGCUCGCAGCGAGCGAAACUCGC